UUCAGAUCUAUUACACAACUCUUCUAUAUGAACAUUCAUGAAAGAAACUGUAGCAUGUGGUUUGAUAAGGAGACGUCCCGCGGGAUGGCCCGCGAAGACCUAUAUAUUUUGCGGUACAGGCCGGCAUUUUGAAGACCACAGUCCGCGCGGGACAAACCCGCUGUGAUCCGCUCGACGACUAACCCGCCGCGGUACGGGACGGAACGGUAUGGGUAAACCUGUUUGAUAUCUCUAAUUCUGCAUGAUAACCAUCAAAGAACCUCAAUUAGUAGCCCAUUAAAGAAUUUAAGACAAGCCAUUGCGCGUCUGAUGUGGAAUUGAACAACAUAUCCAAAUAAUAAUAAAUUUAAUGCAGUGAAAUUUUAUUGAAAUGUCAAAGUUGAAACUUUACAAACUUAUGCUAUGCAGUAAUGAUAUAUCAUUCAUUUAAACAUAACGCUCUAAACUUUUCACCCUAGGUCAUAAAAAUCUCAAAGAGAAUGAAGAUGACUGUGGGCAAAGCUUCUCAAAACAACACACUUUAUUUAUAACCUUUAGGGUUUGCUCUCUGUUUUUAUCUACAAAGAUAGAUGAAAAUAGCUUCUAGUACUUCUAACUAUGGAAGCGGCAACAGUAACACGGUCUAGUUGCCAUAUAAUGGACAUUCACCUGACCCUAUUUGUUACGUGAGCCCCAAGACUCAACGAAACACACAUUCAAGAAAACAUAACGAUCGUUUAGUACAAAUGGGGAGAAACCAAACCUGGUGGUUCUUCAUGGCGGCUAUUGUGGUCGCAACAUUGUUACCAUCACCAACCAAGGCUGGUCGUCUAGAGCUAAAGAACGAAAUCUCAGGGGUGUCUGGUGUCAGGAAAUCGAGGCUGUCCGUGCGGUGCUGGUCGAACGAGAACGACCUCGGGUGGGACGUGAUAAAGCCAAUGAAGUCACGGGUGUGGAAGUUCACGACAAUGAACAUGUGGCCGUUCCAGAAAACUGAGUUCAGGUGCCAGUUUCGUAGCGGGUUUGGAACUACGAGCCAAGACGUUGUGACAGUGUUCUCUGUCCAGAGCGGGUUUCGGAGAGAGUGUGGAGAUGGACGCGAUGAGUGCAUUUGGGUAUCGAAGAGAGAUGGGUUCUAUCAAAGAAGGGUCGUAAGGGACGAGGGUAGCCGUAAGGAAUUCGUAGAUGUCCUCAAAAGCAAAUGGGUUUGGAAAUGGUGAUAACUUCAAUUUUUUAUCAGUAACAUUCAUUAUAGGGGUUAAUCUACGUGAUAACGUAGCCAAACCAUGACUAUUAACCACUACACUACAUGUUAGAUUGAGUCAAUCAAUAUUUCUUAUUCGUUUUCUUACACCUUUGUGUUAGACUCGGACGGUUAAGCGACAAUUUCAAUUGUUGUAGUACAUUAUACAAAUCUAUAUAUAAAACAAGGAUUUAUAAUUUUAUUUGAGCAUAGGGUAUAUAAUUUAAAACUUAUAAAAUGUCAGACCGGAAUAACUAAAGGGUUACUGGUAAGUGAAUUCUCAUCAACUUUAAAAUUUUUAAGAAUCCAUUGUUAUUGGUUCUUGGAUUUCAAAAAUCUUAAUAGAAUUCAUUGUUAUUGGUUUAAGAAUUUUCAAAAUCUACAAAUCUCUUGUUAUUCAAAAAGUUUAGUUAUUAUUGAUUCUCUAAUUCUAACUAAAUCUAAUGUUAUUGGGAGAUGAAUUAUAUUCAUUUUUACUCAUAAGACACAACUUUCAAAAUAUCAUAUGUAUUUAUGUGAUUUUCAAAAUUCUUGUGAUAAAAAAACUA